AUGCUGGACACUUGCUGCAUUUGCUCAAAAGCAUUAUCCGUUGACUCUGGAGUAGCUGCAGAAAAAGAGACUGGAGAGGACGUCCAGCAGUUGUGUUGUGGUAGGAUAACAUGUUACCACUGCAUCAAUGACAACGCUAGAUUUGCGACAUACUGCCCUUACUGCCAAAUCUCGAGAGUGCCAGGGCCAUUACCGCAAGGUCUUAAACUACCGCCUUCAUACUCGCAGACCAGGCCACCACAAGACUUGGCACCGCCGCCUUACAGUGUUGCGGAAACUUCUCAUGGGACCGAUGUAGCAAAGCACAGUCCAAGCGGUGUAUUUAAUGAGAAGCAUGUACCAGAAGAUACGCUUCACUUCCUAAACCACGAGCAUGAUACGAUAUCAUCGCUAUCAUUACGUUACGGCGUACCAGCCUCUGCACUACGACAAAAGAAUAAUAUUGGCAGUGAUCAUUUACUGCAAGGCCGCAAAACAAUCCUCAUACCAGGUGAAUAUUAUCACAAUGGUAAAAGCUUAUCACCACGUCCCAUAGAUGGAGAGGAUGAAGAGCGGCGGAAGAGCAGGAUUCGCCGCUUUAUGACGACAUGCAAAGUUCACGACUACAGCGAGGCAGUACUAUACCUGGAGCAGGCGGAUUAUGAUUUACAGUUGGCAAUCGAGGCCUAUGUCGCCGAUGAACAGUGGGAGAGGCGACAUUCACGAGGGCAAGACCACCGCUCAAGAGGCCUGUUUCACAGUAUGAGACGUUCCACCUAA